GUGACAUUUUGUUUACAUCCUUCAGGUCGUCUGCAGCAUCUUGUACCUAACAACCUCAUUACUCAGUAGACAAUCAUUACACUAGAGGUAACUGAGUUGCAAAUUGAAAAUGGAAAGUUGCCCCACCCCUCCCACAAGCUGUUAUUCCUUAGUCAACAUACAAAACUGUGAUCGAGAAAAUGGUACGACGGGUCUUGUGUCUCCAAAUGAGAUCACCAUGAAGAUAGAGAAUGUAGCCGAGGAAAAGUUUUUACAAGAAUGUUUAGCGAUUAAUGAGUUAGAAAAUGACGACUUAGCAGAGAUUAAGAAGGAUAUUGAAGAAAGCGAAAAAGAGAGUAACGACGAAAACAUUGGAGAAGGUUCAAAUGGCAGGAGGACCCUGAGGAGAAAAAAGAACAAAAGACCAAGGAAGAAGUAUGAGAAGAUUCAGCGUCUCACCAGAAUCUACACGUGUGUCGACUGCCCUGAAACAUUCUCCCGGCUCAGUCAGUUACGGGCACAUUCGAGGGUACACACAGAGGACCAGACCGAGAAAUAUGAAUGUGACCUUUGUGAAGAAGUAUUUGAUCGGCUGAAACGCCUUAUGUCGCACAGAAAGAAACACCACCGAGCCAGUCUGUCAUGCAAGAUGUGCACGAGUAAAUUUACGCACUAUGCCAGCUAUCGAAUACACAUGCGAGUUCACAAAGGCGAGAAACCAUAUGUUUGUCAGGAAUGUGGUGCUGCCUUUGUACAAAGUGGCCACCUUAAUAUUCACAAGAGAACACACACUGGUGAGAAACCUUACACAUGUGAUAUUUGUAACAGUAAUUUUAAACAAAUUUCACACCUGAAGACUCAUGUUAGAACUCAUACUCAGGUUAAACCGUAUCAGUGUGAUCAGUGCGAAGCUUCAUUUACACAAAACAGUAGCCUGAAGCGCCACCGACGGUCCCACACAGGUGAGAAACCAUACAAGUGUGCUUUCUGUGAUAUGACCUUUGUAGUUAAGAGCAAUAUGCAAAGACAUUUAUAUACUCAUACUGGUGAAAAACCUUAUCAAUGUGACUUGUGUCCAGCCUCUUUUGGUCAAGCCAUUGACCUGAAGAGGCACAAGAUCAGCCAUACUGGGAUUAAACCCUUCAAAUGUGAUCAGUGUGAUGCAGCAUUUAGUCGCAAGAACAACCUCAAGUGGCAUCAGAUGACUCACAAUGGCAACACUCCAUUUAGGUGUGAAGUUUGCCAAGUUGGGUUUUCCUCCCCAGGUGAUCUCAAAGUUCAUAAACGAAUUCACGCUCCUCCAAAACCAUUCCGUUGUGAGUCUUGUCCAGCUUCCUUCCAGCAGUUUAGUUCCCUGACUCGCCACAAAAUGAUACAUACCGGAGAGAGGCCUCUUCGAAAGAAGCCAGAAAACAAGCCGGGAUCAUUUAAGGAAACGGGAAUUAAACCGUAUGCUUGUGAGAUUUGUAAUGCAACUUUCUGUGAGAAACGAAACCUCAAAAGACACAUUAUAUCUCUUCAUGAUGAUGUGCGAAGAAUAGUAGCAAAUCCUCUUGCUGAUGCAGAAAUUAAGGAAGAAGGCGCUCUUGACAAGUUCAUAAAGCUACAGCAGCCAGUUCAGAUAAAAAAGAGACCCCCAGAACAGAUCACAUAUACGAUAAACUACCAAAACCCAGUUGUUAUCACUCAGCCACAGCAGAUACAGCCUCAGCAGCAAGAAGGACAGCAAGAAAUACAACCCAGUAUUACCCUGCAGCACGUAGUCAUACAGCAACCUCUGAAUACUGAAGAUGUCAUAACAGGAACUCCUCAGACCAUUACACAGAUGCCACAGCUGAUGCUUGCUCAAGGUCCUGGGCAGGCUCCCAAGCCAGCUAAGCCUGCUAAUAACUGCCAGAACCACCAUGCACAUGUUCUGACGUUUAUAGAAGGUAGCUACAACCAGUGGCAAACUUGGUGUUUCUGUGACCCCCCAAACCUGAUAGAUCAACCUAGUCAAAUCAUCAGCACCGUCCCUGCAGCCAAUGCUAUAAUAACUGCGCCACCCUCCACUGUCAUCCCUCCUGACACUUCUCCCCCACCCACGGUUACGUCUGCCGUAGCCGUGUCCGCCGUUACGAAUUCUCCGUGUGCAACAGUCGAGCAGUUGGAAGGUCAAAUAAUUCCUGCACAAAUACAGGUACAAAUUCCCGUGAAUAGCACCCAGUCCACAGUUGUUAGGGAAGACGUGCUACGGGGAUGGUUGGGUGGUUGGAAUAAGUGUUAAUUGUAUGUAAAGUUUAUGAAUUAUAUUUGGAUGUAUUCUGUUACAGUAUAUUUUUGUGUAGUUUAUCUUACAUAGGUAUCUUUAUUUUCAGAGUUUAAAAGGGCAUCAGAAUAUUGUGUAUGUGUGGUAAGUGGUCAAAGAAUAGCUUGAUUUUGUUUUUGUGUACAUUUCCUUUGUUGAAUAUUUCAAAAUACUGUGCUGUGCUGUGCUGAUUUAAACUUAGUUAUACUGUAUUUGUAUUCUUUGUGUAACAAAACAAAACAAAAUGCUUUUGCUCUGACAAAUGAAGUCACUGUGACCUUCAUCAUGGGAACUUGUAUGUGUAAAUUCAUGUGCAUGAGAUUUUAUGUGAAAUUCAUGCUAAGUUAGUGUAUGCAGGGGCAGAAAUACUCUUUUAUCAAUAUGUACUAAAUUUGCUGAUUUACAUUCCAUCCAGAGCAAAGUGUUAACACAUUCCUCUUAUAGAAGAGAAGAAUUCAUGUCAUGCCAAAGCUUACACUGUCGUCCGCAUUAUCAGACUUGAACAAUCACUUCGUAUCAUAUAAAAUUAAGCAGCACCCUGUUUCACGUAAUGCAGCGCAUGACUAUCUUACGUUGUCCUCCUUACUCUUACUACAGUACAGUAUAACAUGUAUGGUAAUUAUGGUUCAUUCAUAUACAGUACAGUAGUACGGUAUAAUCAACUCAGUAUAAUAGAUAUAAUCACACUCAAAUAUUUUGUAAUACUUUCUUACCUAGAACUGUAUAUUGUUUAUCACCAUGAGUAACUUACUGAUCAUGAUAUAACACUGGCACCUUCACAACAUUUAAUUGGAAAGUUGUUGUUGUGUUGAGUUGUUGAUGAUGCUUCAGGGGCAGAUCCAGGAAUAUCUAAGGGAGGGGGAACAUGGCGAGCACAGUGAGCCCACCCAGCUGGGAUGUUUUUUG